UGAACUGCUUGUCACUACCCUGUUGUAUUCAAUCUCGCCAUAUAGUAAUUAAUUUAGCAACUUAAUUAUUCAUACUGAAUUGGCGACAAGCAUUGUCAUUUACUAUUUGCCGAAUCAUUGUAGAUUUUUUCUGUAUUAACAAAAAUGUUUCGAAACCAAUAUGACAGUGAUGUUACUGUGUGGAGUCCGCAGGGUCGCCUGCAUCAAGUUGAAUACGCCAUGGAAGCUGUAAAACUUGGUUCGGCCACUGUAGGCUUGAAAAAUUCGGACUAUGCAGUACUGGUUGCUUUGCGUCGUGCAGCUUCUGAACUUUCCUCAUCCCAGCGUAAAAUUAUACCAAUUGAUGAUCAUUUGGGUAUAUCCAUAGCUGGCAUUACAGCUGAUGCACGCGUACUUAGUAAUUAUUUACGUACGGAAUGUUUAAAUUACAAGUAUGCUUAUGGUGCCCGAUACCCGGUAUCGCGUCUCAUUUCGAAUCUUGGUAAUAAAAUGCAAGUAACCACACAACGUUAUGAUCGUCGUCCAUAUGGUGUGGGACUUUUGGUAGCCGGCUAUGACGAAAGAGGUCCACAUAUAUUCCAAGUAGAUCCUUCAGCAAACUUUUUCAAUUGCAAAGCCAUGUCAAUUGGUUCACGUUCACAAAGUGCGCGCACAUAUUUGGAACGUAAUAUAAGUUCGAAGGGACGUGACUUUGUUUGCACAAAAGACGAAUUAAUUUGUCACGGCAUUCAAGCUAUACGUGGUUCGUUGCCCAAUGACGAAGACAGCGAAUCGCCACUGCUGAAUAUCUCAAUUGCAAUUGUGGGCAAGGAUCAACCAUUUAAAAUUUUGGAUGACGUUGAAAGCAAGAAAUAUUUAGAUAUGGCGAAAAAAUUGCCAGCACCACCAGCACCAAGUGAUGAUAUACCAUCUACGGGUGGUGAUGAUGACGAGGAUAAACCAGAUGAUGCGCCACCAGAUCCACAAGUACUUGUAGCAACAAUGGAGCGCUAAAACAUAAUUUUAGAUGUUUUCGGUGCAUUUCAGUUAAAUAAUAUUUAAUAAUAAAAGGAAAUUUAAUUUUUGUGGAAUGCUGUAA